AUGGCGCCAAAGAACCGUAUCAUCCUCGAUACAGACCCAGGUGUCGAUGACACCAUGGCCAUGCUCUUGGCCCUCAGCGCCUCGCCUGAGGACCUCGAGCUGGUCCUGCUGUCUGUCACUUACGGCAACGUCCCUCUGCAAAGCUGCCUGCGCAACGUUGUUGCCCUGUUCCAUGUCAUUGAGAAGGAAAUUGCUUGGCGAGAGGCAAACUCAAAGCCCAACAGCUUCGAGUCCCUGAAGCACUUCAAGCCGCUGGUGGCGGUAGGCCCUGAUCAUCCGUUGGAGGAGGACUGCCUCAUGGCAGACUAUUUCCAAGGCGACAGCUCAGCCAACCCUUCUCCGUACUUCACGCCAGCCAAGCUCCCAGCCCACAAGGAGAUCCUUCGAAUUCUGAGGGAAGAGCCCGAGAACACGAUCUCCAUCUGCGCAGUCGGCCCGCUCACCAACAUCGCCAUGGCCGCCGCCGAGGACCCAGAGACGUUCCUCCGCGUCAAGGAGCUCGUGGUCAUGGGGGGCUCCGUGCACAUCCCCGGCAACAUCACCCCCGUCGGCGAAUUCAACACCUAUGCCGAUGCCGUUGCCGCCGCCCGUGUGUACGCCCUCACUUCUCCCACCCCGGCCUCGACGAUGCCUCCCGUCCCCAGCCACGCGGCGACCCUCCCGCCCUACCCGGAAAAGCUGUCGAAACAGCUCAAACUGUCGCUCUGCCCGCUGGAUAUCACCACGCCGCACUCCCUAUACAAGAGCUUCUUCGAGCGGAGCAUCAAGCCCCACGUCGACGCAGGAAGUCCGCUGGCGCGAUGGAUCGGCCAUAUCCUCGCCGGCACGUUCAACAAGAUCACCGACAUGGUGGGAGAUCAGGUGGAGCCGGACCUGUCUUUGCAUGACCCCCUGACCGUCUGGUACAUGAUGACUCGUGACGAUCCGGCCUGGCAGGGCACGCCCACGCUCGAGGACAUUCGUAUCGAGACCUCGGGCCAGUGGACGCGCGGCAUGCACCUCGUCGACAAGCGGAAUCGCAGCAAGCCCGCUGCCAAAGAGAGCACCCAGAGCGUCGAGAAUCCAGAUGACUCCCUGCUGCUCGACGAGGUGCCAGGCGACACGCAGGGCUGGCUGAGCCACACCAAGGGCAACAGGAUCAACAGGAUUGUCAAGUCGCCGGGCGAAGACAAGCUCGCGCCUCUCUGGAUGAAACAGGUCUUCGGAUAG